CUGAGGGUGGGGGUCCCGCUUCCCCAAAGGCCUAGCCCUGGAUUCCAGCCACAGGUCCUACUGGGCAGCACCUGGCGCCGCCCCGCCCCUCCAGGCCUGGCACUCGCCCUUAAGAAACAUGGCGGCGAUGGCCUCACGCACCUCACGCCGCAGGCGCGUCACGCCACAGGCCAGCAAGGCUUCCUGUGUGCCACUCUCCUCCCCUCAGACUGGCUGCCAAAACAGGGAGCGGGAGAGCGCGUCGCGGGAGCGCAAGGAACUCCAUGGCCUCUGAAGCUUCCAAGCCCACUUCUCCGACAACCGACGCCUGGGCUUCCAGGAGCAGAGGUACCGGCGACCGUUGGGAGAGGCGCCCAGAAGCCUGGCGUUGGGAAUGGCUCGGGCCCCACCUUGGACAUACCAGUUCUCUCCAUCUUGAAUGACAUCAGCCAGGACUGGGCAUUUUGUCAGCUCGGUGUGGUAGGAACGGGAAGUGACCCUGCUGAAGCGAUGGAUCCAGGACCUGUACACAAGAGUUGUGCUGAGGAUUGGCAGUGCCCACCUCUAUGCCAUUGUGGUCGGGGUGGCCAGGAGCAGGUGGGGCGGGGGAUCCGCACUGUGGCUGUCACUGAGAGCCCAUUCCUCAUCAAUGGGAAACCUUUCUAUUUCCACGGAGUCAAGAAGCAUGAGGAUGUAGACGUGCACUGCGGCUCCUGGGUCCUCGUGGGGGCUGCUUCUGGUCACCUUCCACUUUUGCCUUCCCUGUGUCCUGCAGUUCAGGCCGAUGAGGCAAAUGAGCUUCCCUGUGGCAGCUCAGGAUGAUAAGGCAAAUGGCUCCAAACCACCCCACAGUGGAGCCGGUGGUUGGACUGGAGAGGGGGCUCAUGGUGUGGCUCUCCAGGGUCCUGGCUCUUGGAGAAAGUGCAACUUUGACAGGGACGGGUCACUGGGCUCUGCUGUCCCCUAUAUCCGAGGGAAGGACUUCAACUAUCUGCUGCUGGUGAAGGACUUCAACCUGCUUCGCUGCCUUGACACCAACGCCUUCCGCACACCCAGCCACUAUCCCUACGGGGAAGAGAUGUUGCAGAUGUGUGACUGGUAUGGGAUUGUGGUCAUUGAUGAGUGUCCUGCUGUGGGCCUGGUGCUGCUAUGAGUCCCCACUGCACAGCUGCUCUGCCUGGCCAGCCUGUGGGCCACACCAUGACCCCCUGUCCCUUCCCUCCUGGCCCCCUGGCAGCUCUUCAACAACGUGUCUAUGCAUCACUACACGUGGGUGAUGGAAGAACUGGUGCGCCCAGACCAGAAUCACCCCGCCAUGGUGAUGUGGUCUAGCCAAGGGAGCCUGUGUCCUACCUGGAAUCUGCCUGCUACUACAUGAAUGGGUGAAUGGGGUUGACACGCUAGAGCAUGAAGGGGCUACCUCCCCUUUGAGACCGAUAGCAGCAGCCUGUUCCAAGUGGGGCCCCUGCCCUCCCGCCUCUGCAUCACUGUUGCCAUCAACAACACGCUCGCCCCCCACCCUUCGACCGGCGACCAUCGUUACAUGACCUACAACUCCAAGUAUCCCAAGGGUUACUUUGUCCAGAACACAAACUUUGACUUCUUCAACUAUGCGGGACUGCCGCAGCCUUUGUUUCUGCACAUGACACCAACUACCUACAUCGAUGACAUCACCAUCACCACCGGUGUGGGGUGAGACAGAGGUGAG